AGCAUUCAUAUUCCCAAAAUAGUCUUUUUGGACUAGCACAGGUGCCUGGCUGACUGCAGCUAGCUGGGGGAAUUCUGUGUGGUUCCCUCUUGCCAGAUCUUCUGUGCCUUCUGGUCAGGUUGCAUCUGCUGCAGAGACACGGAGAGGCUUUCUCCUCCUGCACAGGGAAAGCUUGUUUCUUCCUAGGAGCAUUGCUAAGCUCUGGGCCAUUAACAAGAUCCCUGGGACCUAUUCUGAGCACCUGGCUCUCCAGGGACAUCACUUGUGAGCACUCUAUUUUGGGCAUGUUCUCAGAGUUGAAGUUCCCUGUGCCCUGGGGCCACGUGGCAGCCAAGGCCUGGGGACCCUCGGAGGGACACCCUGUGUUGUGCCUGCAUGGCUGGCUGGACAAUGCCAACACCUUUGAUAAGCUCAUUCCGCUGCUCCCCAAAGGCUACUAUUACGUGGCAAUGGACUUUUCUGGCCAUGGUUUAUCAUCCCACCGACCUGCAGGUGCCCCUUACCAUUUCCUGGACUACGUGACUGAUGUGCGCCGGGUGGCAGCAGCCUUGCAGUGGAGACGGUUCACCCUGAUGGGUCACAGUAUGGGUGGGUCUGUGGCAGGAAUGGUGAGUAAAGCUUCCUUUCUUCAUGGGGUUUGUGAUUUCUGCACCUGGGACAACAAAGGAGAAAAGAAGGAAGGGACAAAUUCUGUGGGGCUUGGAUCUCAGGGUAGCAGAAGCCCUUCCCUGACCCCUUCUCCAGGGCAGCAGGAUGAAGACAUCACUCAAGGUCCAGCUGUUCUCUUUUUCUCAUGUUGUUUUCUCUCUCCUCAGUUCUGUUUCCUUUAUCCUGAGAUGGUGGAUAAGCUGAUCCUGCUGGAAAAUCUUGGCUUUCUGCUAGCUCCAGAGGACACCGAGGCGUGGCUGGAAUCAAAACGGGUGGUGAUUGACAGGUUGCUGAGUCUAGAGGCAAAGCAGCAAACUCCCAGAGCACGGAGCCCUGAAGCAGCUUUGGAGAGGCUCUUAGAAGCAAACAGCCAUCUGACAGCAGAGGGUGGGGCAGUCCUACUGCAGCGAGGAGCAACUGAGACACCCGCUGGGCUGGUGUAUAACAGAGAUCUGAGAGUCCGUACGCAAAGUCGAGAGUACUUCACCGUGGAGCAGUGUGUGAAGCUCUUGCAGAAGAUCCAGGAUCGUGUCCUCAUCAUUGUAGCACAUGAUGGACUCUUGGUACCACACAAGCUAGACACCAGAAACCAGUUUGUGAAAGCCCUGCGGGAGGCUUUUGACACCACCCUCAAAGAGCACAUCCAGCUAGUAGAGGUGCCUGGGAGUCAUUUUGUGCACCUGAACGAGCCUGAGGUGGUGUCUGGGAUCAUCAGCAACUUCCUGACAGUGCAAAAUGCUAGGGCCAGGCUCUAGAAAGCCCUCACUGCUGCAGCAGUCCAGAACAGAGAGCUCAAAAGCAGGCUCUGAAGGAAUCAUCACCAUUCCUACCUCACAUCCAUGAUGAUGAGUGUCUUUCCUAAGCUUAGCUCACUGCAGGAUGGAAGCAGGUCUGCCAGAGAUUCCCUGGAGAGCUGACCAAAAAAGCAUCUCAGUGGUUAAAGGGAAAAGGAAUUCUUUCUGCACUUCCAGCUCUUGAGAGUGCAGGGACAGAGGCUCAGCAUGGCCUUCCCCUUCCUUGCUCCCAAGCUGCACCCUGAAACAGAGCAGGAACACAGAGAGGUAUCCUCUGGGGGAGCAGCAUCACCUACUGUAGCAUUGCAGGUGGCUUA